UUGCCGACCAACCCCGAGGAAAGCUGGCAGGUAUACAGCUCUGCCCAGGACAGUGAAGGGCGGUGCAUAUGCACAGUGGUGGCCCCCCAACAGACCAUGUGUUCACGUGACGCCAGGACAAAGCAACUGCGCCAACUACUAGAAAAGGUACAAAACAUGUCACAGUCAAUAGAGGUGUUGGACAGGCGGACCCAGCGGGAUCUACAAUACGUUGAAAAAAUGGAGAAUCAGAUGAGGGGGUUGGAAUCCAAGUUCAAGCAAGUGGAAGAGACUCACAAGCAACAUCUGGCCAGACAGUUCAAGGCGAUAAAAGCGAAAAUGGAGGAGCUUAGGCCCUUGAUCCCAGUGUUGGAGGAGUACAAAGCCGAUGCCAAAUUGGUUUUGCAGUUUAAAGAGGAGGUCCAGAAUCUGACGGCAGUUCUAAGCGAGCUCCAGGAGGAAAUUGGCGCCUAUGACUACGAAGAGCUUCAGAACAGAGUGUCAAAUCUUGAAGAGAGGCUCCGGGCUUGCAUGCAAAAAUUAGCCUGUGGCAAACUGACAGCAAUAAGUGACCCGAUCACAGUCAAGAUAUCCGGAUCAAGGUUUGGCUCGUGGAUGACCGACCCCCUGGCUCCAGAAGGGGAGAACAAGGUCUGGUAUAUGGACAGCUAUCACAACAAUCGCUUUGUCCGUGAGUACAAAUCCAUGGCCGAUUUUAUGAACACAGACAAUUUCACCUCUCACCGUCUCCCUCACCCGUGGUCUGGAACCGGCCAAGUCGUGUACAAUGGCUCAAUCUAUUUCAAUAAAUACCAAAGUCACAUAAUCAUCAAGUUUGACUUGAAAACGGAGACCAUCCUUAAGACUCGUAGCUUGGAUUAUGCUGGCUACAACAACGUCUACCACUAUGCCUGGGGCGGGCAUUCCGACAUUGACCUCAUGGUGGACGAGAAUGGCCUUUGGGCCGUCUAUGCCACCAAUCAGAAUGCGGGGAACAUUGUCAUCAGCAAACUGGACCCCAACACCUUACAAAGCAUCCAGACCUGGAACACCAGUUACCCAAAACGCAGUGCUGGUGAAGGAUUCAUCAUCUGCGGUACUCUGUAUGUCACCAAUGGCUAUUCGGGAGGGACCAAGGUGACCUACGCUUAUCAGACCAACACUUCCACUUAUGAAUACAUAGAUAUCCCCUUCUUAAACAAAUAUUCUCAUAUUUCUAUGCUGGACUACAACCCCAAGGACAGAGCCCUCUAUGCCUGGAACAACGGCCAUCAAAUACUCUACAACGUCACCCUUUUCCAUGUUGUCCGAUCUGAUGAAUUGUAGUCCACUUCUAUCUGGAAAGGAAUUGAAUGCAUAACAAAAACAAACAAGCAAGAAAAUAAAUACACGCGAUGUGGAAAUAUACCUAUUCAAGAAAAAAAAAAUACAGAAAGAAAUUUCAGAAACAGAGCAGCUACCAAAAUGUGUGAGCAAGAGGAUGAACCAGACUUGAAAACUUGCAAGAUCAGCACUUAACUUUCCAAUGUUCACAGAUUUAAGAUGUGUUCUAGACAAUGCAAAAGUUAAAAUAAAUCACUUGUUUGCAGCUGGAACUGCACUGGAAAAACCACUUUUGAGGAGGGUUUUGGAGGGUGGGGUGUUUUCUUCCCCUUAUGUUCCAAUAGCAAAGCUGUAGUUAUAUAGUACAAUGUAAGGCAAUGACUGUUGGAAAUUUAUUGUUGGGGUGGGUGUGGGGGAAAUACAGUUCUCUCUUGAUUUUCUCUCUCUCUUCUUUUUUUUGGUAAGUUGCAUGGCCAUUUUCGUACAUCACAAUCAGUUAUGAUGGAUGUGUAGUUUGUAUUUGGAAAUAUUCAGUUGAUUCAUGUUGGCAGUGUCUGAUUUAAGAAACAAGAGGUCAAAGGGUUGGGGUUGCCAUUCUGUUGGAGCUAGCUACCUUCUCUCCCUCCCUCUCCCCCUCCCUCUCUCUCCCCCACCCCUCUGUUUUAUGUCACCUUUAGGAUAACUGUUUGGAGACCCAAAGUAGCUAAUGGAUCUGUGUCUUUAAUAGCUAUAAAAUUUUUGAAAAAGGAAAAAAAAAGAAGUUUCCAGUAUAUACUAUGAACAAAUUGUUGUACCCAAAUAUUUGUUUGAACUUAUGUAUCCAGCCAAUAUCUUGUACAAUGUAUGUCUGUUAUUAACCAGAGGUGGCAAAAUUUGUAUGUCCAAGUUUAUGCAAAUGAAUGUUGUAAAUGCAAAUGAUGUCAUUUGGAUUAAUAAAUGAAGGUUUCAUAUCUUAAAAAGAUAAAAGCAGUGCAGCAUUUGCCCUUAAGCACAUAUAACGGUUUUAGUGAAGAUAAUAAAAUUAGAGGUGUAUCCCCCCCCACCC